AUGCCGAUACUUGAAUUUGUUCAAUACAUGAGUGGAUCUGCGUAUAAAUGUUGCAUUUUUAUUGAUCACAGGACGCUAAAUUUACAGUAUUGUCUUAAAUCUUCUCCUUGCUUCUCCUUAGGUGCCAUUCGAUUUGAAGCUGCGGCGGAUUCGGAUGAAGAAGAAUACGCCUCUUCAGAUUUCGGGUCGGAUGAUGAUAUCGAGGGUUCAUCGUCAGAGAGCGAUGCCUUCUCAUUUUCUGGUUCGGAUUCGGAAGCAGAGGAGUCGGAGGAUGAAAUAGAAGAAGAGGAAGAGAAGGCUGCAAAAGCAGCAUGGAAAGGAAAGAAAAAGGAAGAAUCCAUUGUAGACUUAGAGGAUUUGCACCCGCCAAGCGUCUUGCAAAAGAAACGAAAGGCUGCAAAUGAGAAGGAACGCAAGGAUGUACCAGUCUCCACCUUGCGCAGACAAGCGGCAAAAAGAAAACAUGCAAGAGUGAACAUAGAAUACGAGCCAGAAGCAAUGACGGAAGAGGCGUGA